UAUUGUGUACUUACGAAAUUACGAACUACGAAGGGUAUUGCUUCUAUGUAUUUAUUUGCCCGUGUUGGCUGUUUGAUUUUCCGACGAUGAUUUGAUUUCUAGUGUGAGUAGUCACUAGUCAGUACUACGUGUGUCUUAUCUUAUCUAAUGCGACUUCUUUUCGUGUAUUGUAAUCGACUGUGCUCUAAAUAGUUGGAGAUCGGAGAUCUACAGAUUAAUCGAACAGCUGUUUUUCGUUUUUCAUUCUAUCGUCUUCUAAACUUAUAUGAAAGAUGCCCAAUAUUACGGAGAUGUUAUGUAUGUUCUGCUUGAGAUCAGUGACAACCACGAGUCCUGUCUGCGAGAAAGAUGAUACCGUCAAAGAAUACAUCUCGAUCUCCCGAUGUCGUCACCUAAUGCAUAUGAGCUGCUUCGUUUUUGCACAUCCUGCAGAUCCGGUAACCUGUCGACACCCGAAAUGUGCUCAAGUUAUAAACUGUAAUCAAGUAGACGUGAUCGAGGCUAAUCUUAGAGAUCGCACUAUAGUAGAAAACUUGGAGGAGAAAAGUAACCGUGUUGACGAAUUAACAGCACAUCUAACUCAAGCGACGUGUAACCUAGAAUUGAUAACCCGUUUGAAGGUAGCUGAAGACAAGAUUGCUGAACUCGAAGCUAAUGCUGAGCACCAUGCUGAACUUAUGGUGGAAGCCGAGAAACGCACCAGCGAAGCCAAAGCUGCUGAGCUAGAUGCUACGAAGCGUUAUGACGCAGCUGAGGAUAAAAUAGCUCAACUCGAACUUUUAGUGAAAGAUGCAGAUAAACGCGCCAGUGAAGCCAAAGCAGCUGAGUUGAAAAAAGCUCAGAAACGUUACAACGCAGCUAAAGACAAGAUAGCUCAACUCGAAGAGGAUUCAAAGCACAACGCAGAACUUGUGGCCGAAGCUAACAAACGCACCAGCGAAGCCAAAGCUGCAGAGCUAGAUGCUGAGAAGCGUUACAACGCAGCUGAUGAUAAGAUAGCUCAACUCGAAGCUAAUGCUAAAAAGAACGCAGAACUUUUAUCGGAAGCUAAUAAACGCGCCAGCGAAGCCAAAGCUGCAGAGCUAGAUGCUGAAAAGCGUUACAACGCAGCUGAAGAUAAGAUAGCUCAACUCGAAGCUAAUGCUAAAAAGAACGCAGAACUUUUGGCCGAAGCUGAAAAACGCGCCAGUGAAGCCAAAGCUGCUGAGCUAGAUGCUAAGCACUACUCAGAACUUGUGAUAGAUGCUAUUAACAAACGCGCCAGUGAAUCCAAAGAAGCCGAGUUGAAAGCUAAGAAGCGUUACGACACUGCUCAGGACAGUAUAGCUCAGCUGGAAGCUAAUGCUGAACACAACUCAGACCUUGUGGCUGAAGCUAACAAACGCACCAGUAAAGCGAAAGCAGCUGAGCUGGAUGCUACGAAGCGUUACAAAUUAGUUCUUGGGAAGUUGAGCAGUCUGGUUAUUGCCUGUAGGUGUACCGCCUCAUCUGAUUUCAGUGUUCUUAUCUCGAAGGACUGUAACAGUGUUCCACUAUUUCCGCCAAAUGUCGAGCUGUCGCCUCCGGGACCAACGUCGCCAAUUGCUCCAAUUUCUGGUUCAAACAAUGUGCUUGAGCUUGACCAAAAUCCGGAGGUCGUUCGAGCAGAUUCGCCAAAUAGAGAAUGUCUCACGAUGGAAUCGAUUGCAGAUUUUCCAAACGCGUUGGCAGAUUAUACCCCGAUGAGUCCACCUGAUGGCGAUGAUACAUCCUUGCUGUUUUCAGAGUCGAUAGAUAUUGCAGAUAAAGCAGGUGCUUCUAGACCCUCCAGAUCAGCCGGUACCAGUACCAGUUCAUAUCGCAGAAAAAUGACGUCUCAAAUUAUUGCCCAAGAAGAUGGCUCGCCUGCUGCCAAACGAUGGAAAGGUGCCAGCGAAUCGAGCACUCGUGACUACGAAAAAUACUGGCAGCGCUUUCAUAUAACACCACCAAAGUUGAACCCUUUCUUUCCUGUGAAUUCUUUUCCAAUGGGUUACACUGUUGCUGACAUUCAAGAUACUGAAAACGUGGGUAAAGUGGCCAUUCUUGCCUACGAUGUGUUGCUACUCGGCGAUGGUCACUCAUUAGGCGUCGCAAAUUACAUCCUCAAAGGCAAACCAUUCAAAGAUCAGCUUUCUGAAUCUUUGUACAGACGAGACCUCGGUAUCGUCGAUCUAAUUGCGACUCUGAAUCGUUUUGCAGCGCUACCAGAAAGGAUUAUUUUGUCCAUUGGUAGUUGGGAUGCGACCAAUAAUAUGCCAUGUUCGAAAUUUCUCGACCAUUUUGAGGAUUUGUUGCUGAUUUUCAUGAAAUGCCAGGUUAAAGUUUUGUACACUCUGCCUAUUAUUACUUACCCAGGUAUGGAUGAGAAUAGAAAAUCGAUCGACGAGAGUUUGAGUACUGAUUGGGGCAAGACCUUUGGUGGCCAGUAUGAAUUUUUAUCCGAGAUGGUAUCCAGUGCUAUAAAUGUCCAGCUCCCAGUGAUCGAUGAUAAGGGUCCGGUGUAUGAACUGGACGAAUACGCGUCGUUAGCGGCAGCCAUUCGUAAUCGUCUCAUUCCUGUGGCGGCUGUGGAAACGACGUUACCUACCAAAGAUGCAGAAGAAACAAAUGCUUCUUUAUCGAGUCCAAGUGGACGUCAAUCCUGAUGGAUGAAAGUAGUAAG